UCCACCGAGCAUCACCGGAGCUCUAACAGCAGAUCAUGGCACCUGCUCACCAAGGAUUCAUCCAGGAACAGUGAAGAGAACGCGCAUCUCCUCACUUCAGAUCCACAGCACUCUGUUCGAUCUGACUCGUGCAACAUGCCACCACGCUGAAACUCACCGUCACAUCACUGGCUUUUACUCCUCAUCUGCACUGUUGAGUUUUCUUUCGAGAGUCACCUCCAUGAGGAGUCAGGAAGACUUCUCUAACAUCUUUCACUCCUCUGAAGGUCGUUCCAGUAAUGGCGUUUCCUAACGGACAUCUAAAAACUCUGGAUUUUCUCCUCCUUAUAUAAGACACUGAAGCAAAAAAAAAAAAAAAAGCAUCCAAGAUGCGAAAAAUCCAAACCAUCUUGCUGCUGCUGUGUUUGCACAAGGUCACGUGCAGGCGUCUGCAGAUUCCCGAGCUGGGCAUUAUGGACUGGGAAGAGAGUGAUAAUGAGGGCAACGAUUCCCCCAAAGGGCCAAGCAGUCGCAUGCCAAACCCUCUGCGCUUGUUCUCUAGAGGAUACCGUGCUCUCAAGAGCAGCAUGAGACAGAUGACAUAUUUGGAAAAAAUAGAGGACUCGUGGGACUGGUUAUCUAACCAGACAGCUGUCGGGGAGGCGCAAAGCAGGACUAAACGCAGGCCCAUAGUGAAGACGGGAAAGUUCAAGAAAAUGUUUGGCUGGGGAGAUUUCAACUCCAACAUCAAGACAGUGAAGCUGAACCUCCUGAUCACCGGGAAGAUAGUGGAUCACGGAAACGGAACGUUCAGCGUCUACUUCCGGCACAACUCCACCGGAUUGGGCAACGUUUCAGUGAGUUUGGUCCCACCUUCUAAAGUCGUUGAGUUCGAAAUGGCACAGAGCACAGUGGAAAACAAGGACACCAAAUCCUUCAACUGUCGUGUCGAGUACGAGAAAACCGACCGGAACAAGAAAUCAGGGAUGUGUGGCUUCGACGUCUCGAAAACGUGCUACCAGGAGCAAACGCAGAGUCACGUCUCAUGGCUGUGCUCCAAACCAUUUAAGGUCAUAUGCAUCUACAUCUCUUUUUACAGCAUCGACUAUAAACUGGUGCAGAAAAUCUGUCCUGAUUAUAAUUACCACAGCGACACACCGUAUGCCUCGACAGGAUAAGCUCAGCCCUCUGACUUGACUCACACCAACCUGGGCCAAAUACUCAGCCCAAACCAAGCCUGUUACUCACCAAACAAACCAUCUCCUGAAGUCACUGCUCCAUCUCCUGCGUAGGAUACUUCUCAUCCCAAAGUCAAAGUCAAGAAAAGUCAGUCCAAAAUCUUGUGGGUUGGCUUGCUCUGUCCAGGGAUCAAAAUCAUGGCCCAAACCCACAAAUCAAACUCGACAGAGCUCAUGGCCAACAUUAGUGAGACCAAAUCCUAACCAAACAUGGACUGACUAACUUCUAACAUGGCCAAAAUAAUUUACGUAUCUCAGUGACUAAAAUUGGCUUGAACCCACGGACUGACUUGUUCACAACCUUCGCCCAUAAACUGCGGUUGAAAGCUUGGCCUGAAACCAACAGCACAGCAUAUUUAAAGUAUCUCAGAAAGAAAACUUGGCCUGAACUCCUAAAACAGUCUCUUCCAGAUUUGGCCCAAACUGACUCACCCUGCAGCACUAAGCUACUCGUCUGUACCACAUGCACUGCGUAUAUAUCAGACACAAUUAAAAAUCAGUCCAGAUGUUCCACAUCAGGCAACACCAUUAGCAUGUGCUUUGGAAAAUCGUCUGCUUUUCAUGUCAGUGAAAUGAUGGGCACAUGGCGAGCUCUAAUUAAAAGAGAACCGUGUUCAAGAUUGGUUUUAUAUCGGAGGUGUCGUGUGCCACACUGGCCAUCAACCGCCGCCGCUUGAGGAUGAAGUCCGACCGACAUUUGUUCAAGCAACGAAGAGCAAACCGGCUACAACAGACAUGGAAAAGAAUUAGACAUGUUUCGGUGUGUAUGUAUCUGUGUAAGUGCGUUAACAUCAGUACCAUCAGUAAUUCUGAUCAUUGUAGUGAUGUCGUUGGCAAAGUUGCCAGGAUUAGCAUCGUGCUCUGGUUAAAAUCAUCUUUCAGAGGAAAGGAAAAGUCAAAACGAAAACUCAAGCUUGCCCCACGAGAGCUCCAUUCAUCGGACAGGUGGGUUUAGUGAAUCUGGCAGCCAAUUAAUGACACUUUGUCAUGGUCUUGCCACAGUGCUCCGCAUUUCCAGGCUCUAAUUAACAUUAAUUACAGUGGGCAAUUUCAGUUGCACACGCUAAAUGAAGGGACUGAAGCCAAAAAGUGGAAUUUAACCUGUCAGUCAUGCCGGCGGUCUCGGAGAAAAAAAAAAAAGAGAGAAAAAAAUGGAGGUCCGUUUUCAUCAAGAUACAAACCACAUCUGGUUAUCAGGGUUUAAUUUAGUAAAAAAAAAGUAGUAAUCCUGCUACACACCUACCUGCAAUGUAGCAUUACACAGUUUCCUUAUGUUGCCAAAAAAUA